AUCCACCAUAAGUGAGUUUGGGAGCCUCACACACCUCAACUUGUCUUUUUCAAACUUUGAAGGUGAAGUUCCUCCCCAAAUCUCACAUCUUUCCAAAUUACAAUCACUUGAUCUCUCUCUCCCAAUUGAUGAUAAGUUUCAGUUAAAGUGGAAGGAAAGCACAUGGAAGAGGAUGCUCCAAAAUGCAACCGAUUUAAGGGAGCUAGUUUUGAAUCUUACUGAUUUGUCAUCAACUUCAAUGAGAUCACUCAAUUUGUCUUCCUCCUUGAUCACUCUAAGUCUUAGAGAAACUGGGCUAAAGGGAAAGUUGACAGAUGACAUUCUUUGUUUGCCAAAUCUGCAACACCUAUAUCUAUCUGGUAAUUUUGACCUUCAUGGCCAACUUCCGGAUCUGAGUUGUACUUCAGCUUCUCUCACUGUCUUAGAAAUCUCAAGUUGUGAACUCCAAGGGCCAAUCCCUACAUCUUUCUCUAACCUCACACAUCUUACUUUAUUGGACCUCUCAGACAACUACUUCAUUGGUUCAAUUCCAUCAUCACUCUUAACCCUUCCACGUUUAACUUUUCUGCUUCUCUAUAAUAAUCAUCUCAGUGGUCAGAUACCAAAUGUGUUUCAUCAGUCAAACAGGUUUCAAGUAUUGAAAUUGAAAAAUAACAACAUCCAAGGUGAGCUGCCAUCAACAUUUUCAAAUCUUCAACACCUCAUUGACUUGGAUAUAUCACUUAACAAAUUAGAGGGACCUCUUCCCAACAAAAUAACUGGGUUUCCAAAUCUAACUGCGUUUAUGUUGACUGACAACUUGCUAAAUGGUACUAUUCCUUCUUGGUGUUUCUCUUUGCCAUCGUUGGAGUAUUUAGAUCUAUCGAAUAAUCAGUUCACGGGGCGUAUACCUGCAAUCUCGUCAUAUUCGUUGCUGGGUCUACUUUUAGGUGGCAACAAGCUGUAGGGCAAUAUUUCUGAAUCAAUUUUCAACCUUGUCAACCUUACUUACUUAUCUCUGUCAUCAAACAACUUCAGUGGUUCUGUCAAUUUUUCUCUCUUCUCCAAGUUCCAAAAUCUGGACACUCUUAGCCUUUCAAAUUUAAGCAAAUUAUCACUAAACUUUGAAUCAAGCGUCAAUUAUAGCUUCUCCCGAUUACAGGAGUUGGACUUGUCUUUCAUGGGUUUAACCGAAUUUCCAAAAUUAUCAAGAAAAGUCCCAGUUUUGAAAUAUCUCUAUCUGUCCAACAACAAGUUGAUUGGAAAACUGCCCAAUUGGUUGCAUGAAAUAGAUUCUCUACUUGCUGUAAGCCCAGCCCGAAACUUUUUGACAACACCAGUGGACCAAUUCUCUAGGAAUUACCAACUCAGAUAUCUUGAUCUAAGUUUCAAUUUACUCACUGGUGGUAUCUCUUCGUCAAUUUGUAAUGCAAGUUCCCCUGAGCUUCUCGUGUUGUCCAACAACAAGUUGACAGGCACCAUUCCAGAAUGCCUUGUGAGUUCACCGUUCCUUUCCGUUUUGAGUCUAGAAAGGAACAGACUUAAUGGAACUUUACCAAAUACCUUUUCAAACAACAAUCUCAAGACUCUGCAUCUCAAUGACAACCAAUUUGAAGGUCCUUUGCCAGAAUCAUUGUCCAACUGCAUGCAACUGGGGGUUUUAAAUCUUGGCAACAAUCAACUGGAAGAUACAUUUCCCCACUGGCUUCAAACUCUACCACAUUUGAAAGUAUUGGUCUUGCGGGAUAACAAGUUGCACGGUCCUAUUUNCAAAUUC